AUGCCCAACAACUCGCCGCGGCCAGACUCACCACCGCAGCCAGACUCACCACCGCAGCCAAACUUCGCUCGGAUCAGUAGUGCCCUCACGGAUCUCAGCCAAGAGCUUCCUCAUAUUGCCAAUCUUCCUUCACAGCAGCGCCUUCUUGAGCAAAUCCUCAAGGAGCUUACAGCUAUCAAGGACGACGUUGCAGGUAUCAAGGGCGAGGUUACAACUAUCAACAAUCGCCUUGCUCACACCCAGAACGACAUUCUAACUAUUAAUAAUCGCCUUGCUCACACCCAGAACGACAUUCUAACUAUUAAUAAUCGCCUUCUUUACUCUGAGACAAGGGCCAAGAACGACAGGAUUAGAACCACAAACGCUCACCGAUUGGCUACUGACCAGGUCGACGCAAAUUUGAGUCCUCUUCUUGAUCUACGCACUGGGCAUCCGAUUGCAAACUGUCCAACGACAGUGGUCGAUCUCAAUGGACUGACUGGGGGAGAGGCCGGAGUGAUUCUAGAGGCUCUCGACAUUGAACUGCCUCAGACUGCCGCGCAUAAGAAGGAGCAAGCACAUGAUGCUGCCUUUGAUCCGGAUGAACUUGCUGCAGCGAGACGCUGGCGCGAAACGUUCAAGAUCACCAACAUCCCGAGUGGCAGCACAACCUACGCACGAUCAAGCGGCCCUGGCGGUCAGCAUGUAAACAAAACCGAAAGCAAAGCCAUCACCUCGUGGUCGGUUUCUGAAUUGAUCGCCAAUCUUCCACGUCUUCUACACGGAGCACUUCGCUCUUCGAAAUACUACACUGUCCGGAAUGAUUCACUCUCGAUACAGGCACAAACCCAGCGGACUAGGACCGCCAAUGCCGAGGAGAACCGUCAGAAGUUGUUUGAAGAGCUCUGCAAUAUCUACAGGGACACGGUCCCCAACGAAUCAUCGCCAGACAAGGCCAAGAAAUACGAGGCCCUAGAAAAACGGGCCAAUGAGAACCGGGUCAAGACCAAGAAGCAGCAAGCUUCGAAAAAGUCAUUUAGGAAGGGCGGUGGUAGCCAUGAUUACUGA